CACAGUAAAAGAAAAAGAAAAAAAAAAAAGUGUAAUCAAGAUCCUAAAACCAAAGGUGUGUUACUUACGUGAUGGCAAACUUGGAAGGUGAGGUUCAUUUGCCAACAUUUGUUGCACUGAAAGCAACAUACGGCGGCGCCCCGUUCAAGUAUCUGGGCGUUGAAGAUGACGGAAAACUUGCGUACAACCGAUAAGGUGGUGAACGAACGAGCCAAGUUUGCUGUGGAGUAUCAUGCUCAUGGUUUUGCCCACUUACGGUCUUGCUAUAACAACAAAUACUGGGUCAGGUCAUCAGAAAGUGAAAAUUGGAUAGUUGCAACAGCAAAGGAUCCUGUGGAAGACAAAACGAUAUGGAAUUGUAGUUUAUUUAAGAUCAAUGCAAGUGAUGAUGGUAACACAGUGAAGUUUGUUCAUGUUCAUGGAAAAACUGUAGGGAGACGGGAUAUUGCUCCAGAUCGUGAAAUGUACUUGUGUUUGGAACCUCUUGCCACCACUGAAGCCGUAUCCACUGUGGUGGAUUAUGGUUCAAUUGUUAUACUGCCACAAUAUGUAGCAUUUAAGGACUCCGACGGUGUGUAUCUUAAUACAGGACCAUCAAAAAUUGUUCCGUAUUUUUCUUCUAACGAUGUUGGAGAGACAGGCAAUGCAUACGAGAUCUUUACCACUCGUGACAGCCACAUCUAUCUCAAGAAUCAUGCCACUGGCCAUGGUAGUUAUUGGGGAGCCUUGUUCUACGAUCCUUCUGAUGAAUCUAUCCGCAUCAUGCCCGAAAAGACGGUAAUUUGUGAUAAAGAAUAUAACGAGGUUGAUGGAGAUCCUACUGAUACUAACUUAUUGUUUUCAGUUUAUAGAGUUGAUAAAAAUAUUGUUUCUCUCCGUCACUUGUACACCAAAAACUUCAUGGUAAUACAUAAGUGGAUGCCGGGAUGGAAUUUCUUAAUGACUAAUUCAGAUACUAUAACAAGCGACUGUCGACUGCAAGUGGUAGAGCCUGUACUUGCACGGGAACUCAAUGUUUUCGAAUUCCAUAGUGAUAGAGCUAGAAUCUAUGAUCGUAGGCCUCUUACAUUGGCUGAAGGAGCAGUCAAUAACCCAACUGACAAAGAACAAGAGUACACACUUCAAUUUACUUAUACUAAAUCUACAACUUCAACAUGGAGUACUAGCAAAUCUUGGACUGUGAGUACAAAACUUACCAUUACCAGCGGCGUCCCUUUUAUUGAAGCAGGAUCCAUAGAGAUUGGAGGAGAAUUAUCAAAGCAUUACGAUAUGGGAGAAGCUGUUGAGGAAUCUGAGCAAGUGCAAAGCUCUUUCACUGUCAAGGUGCCAUCCAAUAAAAGAGCAACCGUAACUGCUAUGGCAACACGAGGAACGUGUGAUGUUCCUUAUUCGUAUGACCAGGUUGAUCAUAUGCCUAACGGAGAUGUAAAAAGGACUAUUAUGUCUGAUGGUGUUUACACUGGUGUCAAUGCCUAUUUCUUUGAUUACAACGUUAGCUACCAACCCUUGUAGCUAAUCCGCUUCAUCAGACUUGAGAGACCCUACAAUUAUCGGACCGUACUAGCUACUCCGUCCUAUGACUCGUUUCAUUGUUUUCCAUUGAUUUCACUUUGCUGCAUCAAUGUCGUACUCUAUCGAUCUGCAUUUGUUAAAUUGUCUUAACCAUUUAAUGAAAUAAUUGUCUACUUCAAUUACAUUGCAGAAGUGCAUGUUACUAGUCUACUUUAUUUUUUUCUUUAUCUACUUUAUAUUUGUUGUUGAAACAUUAAAACCCCCGUCGUUUAAAACCCCCCUUAUUAUUUCUAGGUUUGGCUUGGAAUGAUAAAGCUCACACUGCCUUUGAGGCUCCCAUUGUUUUUGCUGUUCAGAAAUGAGAACAAUGUCUUAUGGGGAACCAUUUCCUCAU